GCAGCUCAUUUGUCUAAAUUUUCCAGUCGAGAAAACAUUCGGUUUCAACGCGAAUCGAGAGAGGCAUUUCCUAUGUGGAGGCUUAGGAGCGAGGAACGGGAAUCUACGCUGCUACACCCAUGUUCCUGUUGCGAGUCCUGAGCACUGCUCUAUCCUCGUGGCAAAGUGAACAAGCGAACCGGAUGUCUUCUGCAUUGUCAAUGGGUUUUUGCUUGGUCGCAAUGCUGCUGAACAAACUAUCAGAACGAAAGAGCGCAUUCCAGAUGCAGCAAGCGUAUCGUUGGCAAGGAAGCACGAACAACAACCUACGAAAACUGAUUGGUUUGACAGUCCGAGAGAAGCAACACUGGCAGUCGCAUCGUUUACAUAGCCAAGCGGCCGCUGUCAUGAUUCAUUUUUUUCAUCAGCAACCUGAAACUCUCUCCUUGGGUCAGCAUGGUCCAGCGGGCACGCAAACUCCUGAGUUUCUAAAGGGUCCCUCCUGUCAGCCACGGAAGCUCCAAACGAGGAGUUUGUAGUCGCUGUGUCGCACUCUCUUGCUGUUACUGCUCCAGUUGAAACAUAGUCCCCGCCUGUGAGCUCGCCUACUUUGCGACAGCAAUAAUGAUAGACUCGAGGAUAACGAAUCUAAGACACAAAAAAAAGUAAAGUGCUCUUUUGUUUUCUACACCCAACAGAAGCUUUCUCCGUCUCCUUGUCGACAGGGGUUGAUGCUGAUACAAGUGGCAGUCCUUGUCCUCACG